GCGCUUUACUGUAGGCAGAUAUCUACAAUCAGCGGUCGAAUUAAAAACAGUGCAGAAGGAUGUUUUGAGUAUAUUUUACCUUCUAGCCGCGCAAUCAAUGCUUUUCUUUCCAAGCAAGCAGCGUUUUAAUCGGCAAAAGCAUGAAAUAGAAUCGUACGUGGUACGAAUUUAUCGGCACAAUCUAAUCAAGGACGGAGGCAUCAUCAAACGGAAACUACACGAGAAACUUUUCGAAGAGAUAAAACUGCGCCGCAACACUCGUGUCAAAAUGGACGAGUUGGGCUGGGUGCUGAUGAACCACGAUUUGAUAACACGUAAUGAGCCAAUCCAACAGCAUGCCAAUGGUAAUCGACCAAAUCAUUUUAAAUUCAACAUGGAGCGGUUGCGAAACCUACUGGAGCAGCACGAACAAAACAAUCACGCUGAGUUGACUUCCAAAAAUCAAAACAAAUUCCUGCGUAUGCUGGAUGCAAUUUUACAAAACGACAAAGUUUUGAAGGAAAUUAAAGAGAUGGUAGUGGCGAAUCGACUUCUAUCGGAAAUUCGUUAUGUGACUGCGGUGGAACGUAUGCUGAAACACAAUUUGGACCCCUCUUUGCGCUGCUGCUUUGUAUGCCGAGAGUAUUUCCGCACUGCCGAUGAGUAUACCAGUCAUUUCGAAAAAUUGCACGGUGAAGAAUUUCUUAUUGUUGCGGCGGUGGAUCGAUUUCAGACUAGUCAAAAAUUCAACGUUCUACAUCAAUACAAUGCCCUUGAUCCGGUGACAAUAUUCACGAUUUGCAACGUAUACCACACAGCCCUAAUAAAAAAAAACAAGAAAAGACGGGUUUAAUAUUUUACAAUAAAGAACAAAUCUACCACUUUCCACGAAAAUCGGAGAACCACUAUAUCGGUUCGACAUGGAAUGGCUGAUACAUA